CCCCUCCCCGAACCUCUCGCGGUUCGUUAUGUCUGUGAGCCUGCACCCCCUCUCGCCAUGCCCGCCGCUGAACGCUCCGUGCUGCCGCCGCUGCUGCUGCUCUUUCUGCCGUUGUUGCUUCUGAUUCCGUGCCUGGAUGGGGCGGUGAGUGCAGCGGAGGAGGAGGGCGGCGGCCUGCCCUCAUCCUCGCCCGGGGACAAUGGGCUCACCAUUGCGGUCGGAGCCCCGUCUGUCACCGACCCGAGCGCCCCGGGGCGAGUCCUCAGCUCCUCCACUCUGAUAGAAGAGCCCCAGUUUGCCCUGAAGGUGCUGGUGAGGGACCUAGUGACCCGUCAGGCGCUGCCGGGUGCUUCAGUGGACGUUUACGUAAACCACACCCUGAGGACCUCUGCCCCAACAGACGAGAAGGGUGAGGUUCUGCUCUGGGUGCCGUACAGUCCCGGCCUGAGUCUGACUCUGCUGGGCACCAUGGAGGGCUACGCCCCCAGCCCCGUGCCCUGGAGCACCGCCAAGAGGCCGAUUUUCUCUGCUGUGACGUUGCUGCUGCUCCCUCACAGUCAGGGGAACAUCUGGCUGUUUGAAGACUCAGUACUCAUCACAGGGAAGCUACCUGACAGCUCAUCCCAACCCAAGGUUAAGUUCCCCAAGAACCUCCUCACAAUGCCUGAUAAGAGCAACGUCUCCUCGGUGACAGCGUACCUGACUGUACCACAGCACCACCUGGCAAAAGACUGUGCCAACUGUACUCCAGGCAUCAUCAACAAAAAAUCCUUGGUCCAAAUCAUCGAGCUGAAGGCGCUGGCAGCCGUCAAUGUCCUACUGUACUCUGGAGGCGAGGAGCUCCAGGUUCGAGGGCCCAUUCAAAUCAGCCUUCCCCUGGGACACAGCACGCGCCUCAGGGCCUCCGACACCGUGCCAGCCUGGGCCUUUAACCUAAAGACAGGUGCCUGGGAAAACCAGGGUCUGGGGAUAGUGAAAACAGUUGGCGAUGAGCUGGUUUGGACCUACACCGCUUCCCAUCUGGGCUACUGGAUCGCUGCCCCUCUUCCCUCAUCACAUGAUAACCUGGGACAUGGAAGCUCCUUUGACUUCAUGUCACACCACACCUACCUGCUGAUGGGAAUACUGGGAGCCAUGCUGGCUCUAGUGAUUGGACUCCUUUCCUUGCUGCUGUGUCACUGCGGGAGAAGUUCUUAUCGAGAGCCCAGGAGGGGGCGGAGAACACGCUUUUCCAAACUCACGGUGGUGAAAAAAGACCAAACUACCUCCACCCACAUGGAAGAGGGUUUGUUGUUCCGUUCAGGCGACAACAGCCUCGCUUCCUGCAGUGUCCAGUGUGAUCCCUCGUCCACGCCGAGGCACAAAGCCAACUACAACAUCUAUGUGGAGGAUCCAGGGAGUCGCCCGGCGGGUCCUCUUUAUGAGAACAUUGCUCUGGAUCGGAUCAAAGGUCCCCAGCCAUCGUCUCUCUACAUCAACAGCGAAGAGGUGGCCCGGCUUCGGGAGAAGUCAGAGCAGAAUCGGGUCAACAUAAACUCUGACAACUUCUUUCAAGAUAAGCUGCUACAUAUUUACAACCAGCCAGUGGCUAUUAUUCAGGCGCCGGAGCUUUUCGGUGCUCAGGAGCAGCAACUGUCAGGCUGCAAGUCUGCUACUUUCCCCCGCAAUGGAGUUGACUAUGAGGCUCACUCAGAGCCUGCAAGUAAAGACAGCUACACCCAGACACUACCCAAAGUCCCUCACCACCACUCCCAAGGUGGGAGCAGCCCACAGCAGAGCAGCCAAGAUGAGCCCCAGCCUCUGGAGGCUCCUCCGCAAGGCCAAGGCCCUAAAGCUGUCGUGUGGGGACGCUACAAUAACCUCCUGGAAUCCUCCGUCUCGGUCCCUGGGACUCUUAAUGAGGCGGCUGGAAUGGAGGCGUUCAGCGGUGGCCAUGGUGUACCCAGCGAGCUGCAGGGGAUUUCAGAGCGCACCUUGCUGGAGCUGAGCCGGGGCAAGUCUCACCCCAGGGCCUGGUUUGUCUCCUUAGACGGAAAGCCGGCCGCCCAGGUCCGCCACUCCAUUAUCGAGCUCCCGAGCCGCCGCCACCGCCACCGCCCGCCGAGCAGCAACGACACCAGCCUGGACUCUGGGGUGGACAUGAACGAGCCUCAGCAUAACAUCCGCGAGACGGAGCGUGACAGGCGCUCCAUCAGGGCCUCAUCCCUGCCUCAUCACAGCCGAGGAGGGCGUUAUGGUGAGGAUCAGGACCUGAGCAGUAGUGAGAGUGGCACGACAGCCACAUGUACGCCAGAGGACCCGUCCCUGAGGAACAUUUUAGACGGUAGCAGCGGGGCUAUCCCUAACAUUCCUGAAGAGCGAGACGGGAUGGAUACAUCCAGCGCUCAGGAGGACAGCGAGUCCAGAGGUACGCCGCCUCCGCGGCGCCUGAGGAAGGUCAGAGAGAAGGGCAAGACUGAAAAGAGGAGUGCCAAGCAUGUCCGCGAGGGGAGACCCCUGACCAAGCACAGUUAGAGCACGGCUUGUUGCAGACAUCAGGCCUUUUUUCAUCAGUGCUUAAUUUAAAUGUCCCAUUAACCAUUUCACCCACACUGAGCUAUUUUUAUUACAUGGUGUCAUCAGUGCCGAGUGAUCCAAAUUAGUUUUCACCACUUGUGCUCACGCAGGCAUUGUUGUUGUUGAGUCAUGUGAUUGUACAACUUUGCCAAAGAAUGCAUACGUUUAGAAAAAUAAAGCAGGAUCUACUGUCAUGUUGAAGCAUCAUGUAGCUGCAGUUAAGACACGUUUGUGUGCACCAUGUUGUUUCAUUCUCCAGAAUCUAAAGAUCACCAGCGAAAUUCUUCACAUGAAAAAUGUCCGUGUGAACACGAUAUCCCAUAGUCCCCAGUGCUGGCAUCAUAAAGGGUGCCUUCUUACUGCCUGUAAUCCUUAAAUAUGAUCACACGAGGCACAGUAUUUGACUAUAUUUUGUAAAAUCCGGUGAGUUUGCAGGAUGGACACAGAUCCAGGUCUAUGCGUAGUGCACUUAUCCUCAUCACUAAUGCCUGCUUUAAAUUAAAUAAGAUAUAGAAGCUUUCCCAGUUUGCAGUCCUGACAUCUUGUUUUGAUCAUUCUGCCUCAUUAAAAGGAGACUUUGUGGUCACUACCGGAAUCAGCUCUGUCCAAACAACAACUUUCUGCCCGUCACUGACACCAAUGGAUUUUUCGAGUAAAAACACUGAUGUACAUUGUAAAGCUAAGCUGCCAUUUACAUACCUGAUAUUCAUGGUUUUAAGCUUACGAUUAUUUUAGAAUGCAUGAAAAUGAAUGUUUCCUUGUGUGUAUGGAAAUAGUUUUAGCAUUUACUGUAACAUUACGUCAUCAUAGCGGUUAUAUUAUUUGGAGACCGAAUGGUUCAUUUCAUUGUCUAGUCUUGGAACGAGACUCAGCGUUGUGCUGCCAACUUUAUAAAAUAAUACAACAACAAUAAUACCCCAGGAUUUCUACACCAUGAUUAUGGUCCAAUAUUUAAAAAACACUUCAUCUAGAAGCCCAGUAAUAGCUCUGAUUGUCUGUCUGAAGCACUGUGUGUUACAACCAGCUACAGCCUGACGAUGUGCUGUUAAAGUUAUUACAUUACGCCACCCGCCUCUCAUAAUAACAUAAAGCAUAAUCCCUUGUAAUGAUUUUAUUUAUUAAUUCGGUGCCUUGGAGUUUUACUUUUACAACCUGUAUUCUUACUUUUGAAUAAAAUAGAUUUUAAGUGUACAGCAGUACAACAAAGUCCCAGGUAUGCCUGUCCUUUACGUCUGUCCUCUCAUUGACACGGCAGCUUUUGUCUCGAUCUCGUCCCACAAAGCACACUUCACUUUAACAUGUGCCCAUAUGUUCCCACAAACAUAUUCAACUUUCAGUGUAAAUACUACAACAGCAUACUGAACACUGACAUCAAUGAUGAGGUUUGGCUAAAUGUUUACCACAAAUACCACAAAGCAAUAUUUACCAUGAAUUGAAAUUUAAAAUGGAACUUUGCGGCGACAAUUUUGCCAUAUUCAGUCUUCCGUCAUACUGUAAACGUUUUCCCUGUUGAGUUUGUGUGUAUAUUCAUGUGUUCUUUUGUAUGUAUACACUAAAGCAACAUUUGAUGUAUUACGUGGCCGUGAUUUCAAUUGUUUUGUGCUGUUUUUCUCUCAGCUUAAAGUCUGAGAGGUGCAUCGGUGUGUUCCAGUGAAUUAAUGAAUGACAAGGUUUCUGAACCACAGUCACAUGACACGUUAUUCAUUUGAUUUUUGAUUUUAUUUAGCCGAGCCUUUUCAAAGGGAGUGUAAAACAAGCCUGAGCUUUGUACAUUUUAAAUGUAGCAACAAGUUGAGCACUUAAUCAUUUAGUAUGCUUACAAAUGGAAAAACUUUAUCCUGCUAGUCAUCAGCUUGAAAACACCCGGCUUACACGGCAACAUGAGGAGUAGUUUGUGACAACUUUGUGCUGACAAUUCUUGACGAGCAAAUCAAACCUACUGCCACUCCUGUUUCAAAGUGAUCUCGCUGAAUGUAUUUGUAUUGAUUUGAAUGUGUUCUAUAGUGUGCUCCUUUUGUCUAGACAUUGAACCCCAUGGGGAUUUUGUUUCGUCCAAAAUGGGCACCUCUUGUGUUUACCUCUGUAAUGAUAGUAGUGUUAUUAGUCUUGCCUUUUUGUGCACUAAAUUAAUAAACUUACUUGAUACCA